CACCCAUAGAGUGAAAGUGAUUGAGAUCUUCAGUGAAGCUUCUUCUACAACAAUCCACCAAUAAAUGUUGGAGUCAAACACACAGAGAAAUCACUCCAUGUGUGACAACUGAAAUCUUCAUGACAUAAUGUUGAUGCUGGUGAAAGAGGAGCUUGAGAAGAUGACAGAUCCACAACCAUGCAGAAUAAAGGAUGAAGAUACUGAGGAACAAAUAGAUAUGAUGGAAGUGAAAGAGGAGAGUCAAGCUGAAGUGGAUGAGAAACAUCAGAUUGUAAAAAUAAACCAUAAUGUUUCACAGAAAGAAACUCUGAAGACAGAAGACAUAAAGUGUGAAAACAGUUUCAGUGAAGAUGAACGCCCUGAAGAUCACAAGAGGACUCACAGUGAGGAAAAACCUUUCACAUGUCAUCAGUGUGAAAAGAGUUUCAGAAGAAAAGAUAACCUUAAAGCACACACGAGGGUUCACACUGGAGAGAAACCUUUCACAUGUCAACAGUGUGGAAAGAGUUUUAGAAGAAAAGCUCACCUUAAAGCACACAUGAGGAUUCACACCGAAAAGAAAAGACACCCAUGCCAUCAGUGUGAAAAGAGUUUUACAGCUGCAGAUCAACUUAAGAUACACAUAAGGUCUCACACUGGAGAGAAACCUUAUACUUGUCAACAUUGUGGAAAGAGUUUCUCUAAUGAAAGUAACCUUAAGAUACACGCAAAUAUUCACACUGGAGAGAAACCUUUCACAUGCCAUGAGUGUGAAAAAAAAUUCAGAAUUAAAUGUAGCCUUAUAAGACACAUGAGAAUUCACAAAGGAGAGAAACCAUACGUUUGUUUUCAGUGUGGAAAGAGUUUCAGUGAUAAACGUGGACUUGAGAUUCACAUGAGAAUUCACACUGGAGAGAAACCUUACAGAUGUCAACAGUGUGGAAAGAGUUUCAUAUAUCAAUCAGGCCUUAGCCGGCACAUGAAAGCUCACAGGGGGGAAAUGUCACAUCCGUGCCAGCAUUGUGACAAGAGUUUCCCAUAUAAAAGUCAACUUAAGAUACACAAUAGACUUCACACUGGAGAGAAACCUUACACUUGUCAUCACUGUGGAAAGAGUUUUAUAAAAAAAAUGUACCUUAAUUUACACCUAAGAAUUCACACUGGAGAGAGACCAUACGUGUGUCAACAGUGUGGAAAGAGUUUCAAGACAAAAUCUUACCUUAAUGUACAUUUCAUCACUCACACUGAAGAGAAACCGUUCACAUGCCAUGAGUGUAAAAAGAGUUUCAAAACAAAAGCUAGCCUUAAAAAACAUGCAAGAUUUCACACUCAAUAGAAACCCAUGUGUCACGUGUCAACACACAGUGUGGAUAUGGCAACAAAGUUUAGAAAUCAGCUGAGGUCUUAUUAAUAAAACUGUCUGGAGGAUCUUUACUAAAAGUCUACAUGUGCACAAAAGCCCAAAAUGGUGUACGGCAAAAAAGAUUCAGGCCGUUUCUCAAUGGCCCUGUCCAAAUGGCACACUCCGGACUUGUUGACCUUCUCAGAGUCCACACUUUGAUGACAUCAUGUAGUGCAGAUCUUAGGGACCUUGACGUGAGUCCAAGAGGGUGCACCGGAGUCAUAUUUUGGGACAGACUCGAGCGUCAUAGAAUAGAAGAUGCCCAUCAGUGUGAACUCCUCCCUUCCGUCAUCUAAUUGGUCUGAUUUCUCUUCUGCAAGGACUUCUGUGCGCGAACCCUGCUGCAGUGCGGGCUUCGCCGAAGACUCGUAGUCUAAGAGAGCAUGCGCAAUUUAAGGCCAUGAGACCGAAAGUCCACAAGAAGUGCGCCAUUUGGGACAAGGCCAAUAUGAGUUCUUGUCUGUACACUGCAAAAAAAUGACUUUCUUACUUAGUAUUUUUGUUUUGUUUUCAGUAGAAAUAUCUAAAAAUUCUUAAAUCAAGAUGUAUUUUCUUGAUGAGCAAAAUGACCUAAGAAAAUAAUACUAGUUUUUAGACAAAAAAUAUACAAUUUAAGUGAAUUUGUGCUUAAAACAAGCAAAAAUAUCUGCCAAUGGAGUGAGAAAAUUUUACUUGAAUUAAGUGUUUAAGAAAAAAGAAAUCUUAUUUCACAAUUUUUUUUCUCACCCCAUUGGCAGAUAAUUUUGCUUGUUUUAAGGACAAUUUCACUUAAAUUGUAUAUUAUUUGUCUUAAAACUAGACUUAUUUACUUAGGUCAUUUUGCUCAUCAAGAAAAAGCAUCUUAAUUUAAGAAUUUUUAGAUAUUUCUACUGAAAACAAGACAAAAAUACUAAGUAAGAAAGAAAUUUUUUGCAGAGUACUUGUGAAACCUCAUCAGUCGUGGCCCAAGUACUCCUUUAAUUCCAAGUUCACAUCAAGUCAAGUUCACAUAACAUCCCCGGAUGUGUUCUUGAUCCACACAUUUUAUCGAGGAUGCAUCAGAAGGUGACUUGUGUGGACUUAUGACAGCCAAGUUUCCCAGAAUGCAUUUCACGCCAACGGCAGUGGAGCUUAAAACUGUAUUCAAAAUAUUACUCUUUCUGUGUCAUAAAAUGUAGCCGUUUAGUCGAGAAUAUAGAUGAAUAAACUUUAAAUCUGUGGUCAGUUAGUGAAGAUAGCGCCUAUAUUAACAUUUCCUCUGAUGAUUUUGGAUAUGUGAGUUCAAGUUGAUCAGCGGGCAGUCAGUGUCGUGUACAGCGCCGAGGGCAGAUUCAUCUCUGCAAGUCCUUCUGAAAUUUGCCGCUGUCUCAGUGCAGCUGCUCUGCCCUUCAGUGUCUGAUGGUCAAAGAUGAAAUAUUCCCUUUGGAUAUAUCUAACUGGCAUGUUUUAGUCUCAAUUUAUUUCUCUUUCUUAUUCAUUUGAAGUCUGUUAUUUGUUAUUAUUGUUUUAACUGAUGUUAAAGUUAAGUUUCAUAACUUAAAUCACAUUUCUAUAUAAUCACUGAAUCACUGCCUUUGUACUUUAACCUUUUUUACUUCAUGUUGUAUAAAAGUUACUUUGUACUUUUAAAUGAAUGGUUGUGAUUUAUAUCAUAUUUAAUUUUUUAAUGAAUGUAUUAAU